ACCCCAGGGAACCAAUUUUGUUAACCGUUUAUAAAAUAAACUCUCCCUAGGAAAGGAUCACGGAAUGAGUAGCUAGGGGGUUGAUGUUUAUCGAGUGUAUAUUAUGUGCCAAAUUCUGGAUGUGGGUGCCUCAUGAGCCCCUCCCCACAAACCCAUGAGGCAACCCAUUAUUCAGCCCAUCCCACAGAAGAGAAAGCUGAGGGUUGGGCCGGGCUUCAAGCUCAGGCAGGCUGGCUGCAGAGGCCACCUGCUUAGCCCUGCAUUAUGCUGCGCCCCCCAGGUUUGGGGUCUCCUCCGCCUUUUCUCAGACCACACAAGCCAACGCUUCUGAUUCUGUCGUGGACAAAAACGGAAGACCCCAGAGGGCGCUCUUGAGGCUCAGGCUGGCUCCCCCUCGGUGUUUUGAGCUCUGCCAUCAACAGUUGAGGUUUUUAGCAUCGAGCAAAAUGGAUUACCAAGCAACGAGCCCCUACUAUGACAUUGAAUACGAGCUGUCGGAGCCCUGCCAGAAAACCGACGUGAGGCAAAUCGCAGCCAGGCUCCUGCCUCCGCUCUACGCACUCGUGUUCAUUUCCGGCUUCGUGGGCAACCUGCUGGUCAUCCUCAUCCUCAUCACCUGCAAAAAGCUGACGGGCAUGACUGACGUCUACCUGCUCAACCUGGCCAUCUCCGACCUGCUCUUCCUUUUCACCCUCCCCUUCUGGGCCCACUAUGCCGCCAACGGGUGGGUCUUCGGGGAUGUGAUGUGUAAGACGGUCACCGGGCUCUAUCACGUCGGGUACUUUGGCGGAAACUUCUUCAUCAUCCUCCUGACCGUCGAUAGGUACCUGGCUAUCGUCCACGCUGUGUUCGCUUUAAAGGCCAGGACGGUCACCUUUGGGGCGGUGACAAGCGCGGUCACCUGGGCGGCGGCCGUGGUCGCCUCUCUGCCGGGGUGCGUCUUCAGCAGAUCCCAAAGAGAGGGUUCUCGUCUUACGUGCAGCCCUCAUUUUCCAUCCAAUCAGUAUCAUUUCUGGAAGAACUUCCAGACGCUGAAGAUGACCGUUUUGGGCCUGGUCCUGCCCCUGCUCGUCAUGGUCAUCUGCUACUCCGCCAUCCUCAGGACCCUGUUCCGCUGUCGGAACGAGAAGAAGAAGCACAGGGCCGUGAAGCUCAUCUUCGCGAUCAUGAUCGGUUACUUUCUCUUCUGGGCCCCCAACAACAUCGUCCUCCUGCUGAGCGCCUUCCCGGAAUCCUUCGGCCUCAAUAACUGCAGUAGCUCCAACAGACUGGACCAAGCCAUGCAGGUGACGGAGACCCUGGGAAUGACGCACUGUUGCAUCAACCCCAUCAUCUACGCCUUCGUCGGGGAGAAGUUCAGAAGCUACCUCUUGGUGUUUUUCCAAAAGCACAUCGCCAGGCGCUUCUGCAAACGUUGUCCUGUCUUCCGGGGAAAGGCCCCCGACAGAGUGAGCUCCAUUUACACCCGAUCCACCGGAGAGCAGGAAACCUCUGUCGGCUUGUGACCUGGACCAGGUGUUUGUACACAGCCUGGGGGGGGGGGGACCCUUUUAAAAGGGAAGUUACUGUCAUAGAGGGCCUAAGAGUCAUCCGUGCACCUGGCAUCUAUCCCACCAUUUAAGCCCGUCACGCCUGGAAAGCCGAAUCAAUAUAUGUUGAUGACAUAGCAAACCCCCUCACCUCCCCUCCACACGCAACAACUUAUUGGCAAACUCUUCCUUUGCUGCAAAAAUUUCGUUAUAAAAAAAAAAAAAUCCUGAGAGAACUGUUAAUUCUUGAGUUUGGUGACCCAAACAGGAAUAACAAAACCAAUCAA